AAAAAGCCGGAGAGAGAAAUGGAACGCCCUUCGUUUUGGUGGGUAAGCAAUCUCAGCUCCCCAGCUCCAGCGCCUUCCGGAGCGCGCUGGACGCCUGGAGACGCCGGCGGAGAGAGGCUGGGGGCGGGGAGGAUCCGCAGUCGCUACGGCAACCGGAGACGCUUCGUGUUCCCCGGCAGCCAGCGGCGGAGCGGAGGCGGCCAGCCGGCCUCGGGCCGCGAAGAAGACCCUUGCAGCAUGAGAGGGGAGGAGGCGGUGACCGCGGUGGCGGUGCCCGAGGCCGGCCGCGACCGGGAGCAGCCUCGGCAGCCCGCAGGCCUGGGGUGCGGGGCGCGCGGGGAGCCCGGCGGCGGCGGCCCCCAGGAGUCCCGCAAGCAGUGGAAGAAAUUUUUAUACUGUGAGCCUCAUAAGAGAAUUAAGGAGGUACUGGAAGAAGAACUUUACAUUAAGAGAGAUGAAUGCCACAUUAAAAAUUCACCUGCAGUGGCCCUGGAAGGGAUUUGGAGCAUUAAAAGGAAUCUCCCCGUGGGAGGCUUGAAGCCAGGACUGCCGAGCAGAAACAAUUUACUGCCACAAGCCAACUACUAUUCGAGGCACGGAGGGCUGAGACGUAAGACCCCGAUACCCUUGACUUCCACUCCCAGCAUGGAGGGAUAAAAUCAACAACUUUUCCAUUGAGAAGAUAACCUCUUUCUCCUGAUGUCUGUAAAACAGAGAAGAAACCCAAGCUUGUUUCACAGUUUAGAUGUGUUAAAAGAAAAUGUAUGUUAGUCUGUAAUUCCUGUUAUUGGUAUUAGUUCCUAUCUAUAAAUUAAUCUGAAACAGUGAAAGGCUAUUGGUAAAAUUCACUAAGCACCUGAAAACAAUGAUGGAAAAUAUUAUAUUUAUUUUUAAUUGUCACAGUUGGAAUACAUUGGGCUUCAAAUUCAGCUUAUUUUAUUAAAUAUGUCAAAUAUGCUAA